CCCCAAUCAUAAUAUAAUAUUUUUAUCGGACUUUUCGGACGACCGAACUAAGAUGAAGGUCGACCUCGACCAUGAACGCAACGAUCCUAUCAGUCCUAUCGAAAAGCCSUUUGGUAAUAGCCCAUCAUUCUAUAUCGACCGUAAUGCCGCCAUGAGUGGCAAUAGUUUUGRGGAAGGAUGGGUCGAUACCAUUGCAACCUCGCUAGAAGAGCAACUCUCGACCGUAUAUCCUCAAGGUCCAAAUGGUUUCGACCAUAGCAACGAUGCCAAUGGGAAUGACGGAGAAGAUGAUGUUKACGAGUCAAAGAUUGAGGUAGUGCUUCGAAAUUGCUCGCUGAAUAUGAAUAUGAACAGUGACUUUGCUUAUAUGGAGGACCAGGAAAUAUUGCAAAAAGCAUUUGCAAGAGCUGUUGGGGAAUGGAAAUCUAAGAACGCGUCUUCUGUCGUUGGGGAGGAGACSACGGCCGGCGGGAGACAACUUUCGAUAGGCUCUGGAAAAACUAGCAACAGCACCGCAAAUUCAUUUUCGUUGUUCGACCAGCUUCAAGGAGGGUUUGCACUGCCCGUUUCCUUGGAAGAAAUCCAAGAGGCUUCGACGGCCCAGGAACGCUUGGAGGUGUUCCGAAAGGUAAAAUACCUUGAAGAUUUGCUGAUGGAUUGGAACGAAAUUUGUCCCCUUCUGAACAAGGAUUUGUCCGAAUCGGUCCGAAGCGAUCGCAAGCUCGCCUUGGAAAUCAUUGCUUUGCAAAGAAAAUGGUUUGACCAGGGAAGAUCCUCUCCCGAAUACGGUCCGGUCCUCUACGGUAUUUGCCAAAACUUGAUCGAAACGCUAGCAGAGGUAGCACGCUUCGAAGAUCCGCAACGCGACGGCAGGGAUCCGCUCGAAAGCAACGAGCGCACCCUGAUCGCGGCUCUGGCACUCAACUGGAGAGAGAUGUGGCUCGACCUGAUGCAAAGGGACCAAUACUCGGAGGUUCUGGCGACGGAGAUCGAGCACCUCAUGGUGUCGAUCUUUCUAAAGGACGAUUCUUCCGCGAGGUCCCGCCUGGCCCGGAAGGCGGUGGACCGGGCCGACCCCUGUGCCCGGUGGUUCGAAGGCUGGGUCCGGAACCUCCGCACCGACGAUCRMCUGGUGUCGCUCCUCUGCGGCCCGACCCCGGAGAAGGCGGUGCUGCCGGACCUGUGGGCGCGGGUCCGGGGGGACGACCCCUGUACCCCCGCCKCGGUCCUCUCCGCCGUGCUGUGCCGGACCCGCCUCUCCGRMUUUCCGUGGGGCUCCCUGGCCGCGCCGGGAGCCGCACCGCAGUCUCMCGGGGAGGGUGCCGCCCGGUGGGAUGUCCCGGCCACCGCGGUCGACGAGAUGCUCGACUCGUUUCUCCUCGUCGUUGUGCGCCUGUCCCUCGGAGACGAGAGCACGAGCGGCGGCGGCCCCGGCGACGAGCCAAAGACGGUCGUGCUGAACGGCGUGAAGGCCAUACUCGCGGGGAGCUACGAUUGCCGCGACGGCUCGGACUACGACCGACGCCGCGGGAAAAUCAYGUCGGUGCUGCGGCAGGACGAGAACGUCCGUGGGGACGAGGCCGUGGCUCGGUUUCUCGAGCGACAGCUAGACCAAAGAUGACGACGACGACUACUACUAAGUUUAAAAAAACAUUUCACUUACA